AUGAAUAGAAAUUCUUUCAUUAACCACCAGCUCCCAACACAUAUAAAAACAAUAGGACUAAUAAAGAAGAAUAAUAAUAUAGACCUAGAAGAAAUGCAAAAAAAGUCUCCCACUAGAAACACAGAAUGCGUGCCUAGUGAGAAACAAAAAACAAACUUUUUAUCUAAUACCUCUGUGCCAUCUAGUGUGCACCAAGAAGAAAACACUAAAAUGCCUUAUAGUCCAAAUGGCAAUGUGAAAUAUCCUGUUUAUAAUACAAUUGCCUCAAAAAACAUAGAUAAUAUCUAUGACACGCCUGAGCAUCAAGAAAUUAGUUCUUUUGAAGACAAUAAUUCCAAUGAGCAUGUUAUUGUAGAUCAUCCCAUCCCGCAAGAAGAAAGCAGCAUACUCCUUUUAGAAAAUGAGAGUGCUGUUGCUAAUAAGGAUAGUGAGCAGCAAAAUAAUAGGGAACAAACAUUUCGGCUAGUUUUUUUAUAUAGCAGAACAAAUUACAUUAUUAUUCACUUUAAAAGGGUAUUUGGCAUGAUAAAUAAUCCCAAAGUAUGCUUCUUUGGCAUUUCACUCCUUCUUAUACUUACUAUGUAUAUUGUCAGAUUAGUGUCUAUGAACUCCUUCCAUGAGUUGGCAUAUAAAGCAAAGCCCACGGAUGGCACUGUUUACAACAAAGUAGUUAAGUAUAUACAGGUGGCAGACUUUCUACUUACAUCCAUAAUGUACUUUGUUGUUUUUGGUAUUCGAAAUUAUAGAUUCGUGAUAGAAAUCUUUAAGUGGGUAAUUAUAGUUGCAAAUGUUAUAUUUAUAGGCCUUUCUCUGUACUGGCUGAACAUUGAUUUAGACAUUUUGCUGCACAUAGGUUCUAUUAUAAAAGCCCUCUAUGACAUAUCUUGUAUUUUUGUUAUAAAUACAAUAUUUGGGUAUGUUGUUAGGCGCAAUGUGCUGAUAUACCAAACAGUUGUGUUUUUCUCUAUAAACUAUAUGCUAUUCCUCUGUGGCAGUUACCAAUUCUGGAAAAUAACUAGAGAAGAUGAAAAUGAAAUUCUUCAAAAAAUAGUAAAUUAUAUAUCUGAGGCAUCAUCUAGCGCACUUAAUAGUGGGAAGCUAUGGGCAGCAGAAAAUAGUCUUGUAGAUAAAAGCACAACAAAGAUGUAUGCACAAACCGUAGAUAAGUAUAUAUAUAUUAUAACAACGUAUAAGAUAGUACUAUGUAUCUCAUCUGUUCUGUUUAUAACAUGCUAUAGAGUGCUUUUACAAAUAAAAAGUAAGAACAAUGAAAUAGAUAACUCAGAAAAGAAAUUCAAUAUUAGUUUAGUUAGAACCACUGGCGCUCUUUUAUGUAUAGAAUUUCUCAAAACCAUGUCCUGGUAUGUGAUUCUAAAUAUUUUAUUGCUAAGGAUAAAAAACGUAUUAGAUGCUUUUUAA